UGCUCAAUCAUGCAGACUCUGGCAGCAGGCUGCGGCCUGAUUGGCCUCCCACGCCCCGUGCAGCGCCAUGGUUGCACCGCCGGCGUGCGCCGCCCGAGGCUGCUCCUAGUGGCCGCCAGCGGCAAGGGCAAGGCAGCGCCGCCGCCGCCGCCGCCCGAGGCGGUGCCGCCGCCGCUCGACGCGGCGCCCCAGGACAUCCCAUCCUACUUCCAGCCCGCACCCCCACCCCAGCUGCAGCAGGGGCAGGUGUACCAGGCUGUGCCACAGUACGGCCCGCCGGCGGUUGCGCCGCCGCAGGCGUCCUUCUGGGGCGGCAUCCCGCCGCUCGUCUACGUCGGCAUCGGCGUGGUGCUGGCCACCGUGCUGGGCAAGGUGAUGGCUGUGGUGAAGGGGGGGCCCCAGAAGAUGCAGGAGAUGGCUAUGGAGCAGAUGAUGAAGCAGAUGAUGAAGCAGAUGGGGGGCGCGCCCGGUGGCGCCAACCCCUUUGGUGCCCCCGGUGCCAACCCCUUUGGGGCCCCAGGCGCCAAUCCGUUUGGUGCGGGCAGCCCCUUUGGCGCCCCCGGCGCCAGCCCCUUUGGCGCUGCCGGCAGCGGCUUCCCUAGCAUGUCUCCCGCCUUUGACACGACCGCCACCCCGGCGCCCGCCGCCCCCGCCGCCGCCGCCGCCUCGGCCCCCGCCGCCGCCAGCAGCAGCACAGAGGAGAAGGCUGGUGAGGCCGCGGCCAGCAGCAGCACCGGCAGCGGCGACAGCAAGCCCAAGAAGCGCAGCGCGUUUGUGGACGUGAAUGCCGCCAGCAGCAGCAAGGCGGACGCCCCCCCCGGCAGCAGCGGCGCCGAGGCAGGCGCCGCGGCCGGCGCGGCGCCGCCGCCGCCGUUUGGCGGCAUGCCCCCGCCGGGCUUUGGCGUGCCGCCGCCGGGCUUCAGCAUGCCUCCGCCGCCGGGCGCCGAGGCGGGGGCGGCCGCGGGGAGCUCCCAGGGAGCUGGCGCCGUGGCCGGUACCAUGCUGGACAUGCUGAAGAACCCGGAGAUGCAGAAAAUGCUGUACCCUUACCUGCCCGAGCCGAUGCGCAACCCCGACACCUUUGAGUGGAUGCUGAGCAACCCUGAGUACCGCUCUCAGCUGGAGGGCAUGCUGCAGCAGCAGGCCGCCGCCUCGGGCAGCCCUGCGGUACAGGAGAUGAUGCAGGGCAUGGAUAUGAGCCCGGAGAAGAUGAAUGCCCAGUUUGAUCAGCUGGGUAUCACUCCCGACCAGUUCCUGCAAAAGGUGAUGGGAGACCCGGACCUGGCUGGCAUGAUGACCAACCCCAAGGUGAUGGCUGCCAUUGCAGAGUGCACCAAGAACCCCAUGGCAAUCUUCCAGUACCAAAACGACGAGCAGGUCAUGCGCGUGUUCGAAAAGAUGAGCCAGCUCUUCCCGCAGGCCGCUGGCGGCGUGCCCGGCAUGCCUGCCAUGCCGCCCGGCUUUGGCGCACCGCCGCAGGGCUUUGCCCCACCGCCAACGCCGCCGACGCAGUAGGAGCACGGCUGCCCUUCUGCCGGACAGCCGUCCCGCAGCGUCAGCAGCUGCAUCAGCAUCAGCAGCACUGGCUGCCAGCCACACACGGGCAGGCAGCAGCGGUCCUCCCUCCCUCCUCCUGAGUCUGUCCCCCCAUCCCAGCCCCAGCCCUUCUCGUCUCGCGCCCGCGGGCGCACGUGCGGCCACCCAACCACCGC